AUGGUCAUUUCUCAAUUACUCCAGUCUAUAAAGUCGGUCACUUCGUCCGGUCGGGUCGAUGUAGAUGAGCUACAGCGGGCGCAACUAUCCCAAGCAUGCGAUCAGUUGAAGAGUCUAUGCGAAUCUCCUUUGGAGAAGACCGUCAAACUUCUCUUUGCCGGCCAUCAAGCAAUGGCAAUUCGCUUGGGAGUCGACCUCAAGCUCUUUGAUGCCAUCGCCAACCGUUCAUCCAAUCAGGAAGGUGGCAGGGUCACCAUCAAUCAGAUUGCUGAAGAUGUCAAGGCAGAUGCUAAGCUCGUCGGGAGAAUCAUGAGAUUCCUAGCGUCAAUGGAAGUUCUCAAGCAAAUCUCCUCUGAUAUUUACCUAUCUACAUCACUCGCCGAAGCCUACAUCUCGGCAUCCCCGCUAUCAGCAGCGGUGAUUCACUUCACCCACUUCCACACUAUCCUCUCCCGGCUCCCCGAAUAUUUCGAACAAAAAGGCUGGAAUAAUCCAGGCAACAUCGACGAUGCCCCAUUCCAGGUAGCCAUGGGUACCAAGUCUCGUUAUUUCGACUAUCUGUCUUUAAAGCCGUACUACCAAAACGCAUUCAACACAGUGAUGGCAUCAUCAUACCGUCGCGGUGAGAAAAGCUGGUUCGAAUUCUUCCCCGUCAAGGAAAAGCUACAUAGUGAAGAUCCCUCCUCUGUCCUCCUAGUUGAUGUCGGAGGCUGCCACGGAAAAGAUCUCCAGAUCUUCCAUGAGAAGUUCCCCGGUCUAUCAGGAAGACUUAUCCUCCAGGACCUGCCACAUGUCAUUGAAACAGGGGAUAUACCUGCCUGUAUUGAAGCGCAGGGAUACAGCUUUUUCGAUGAACAACCCGUCAAAGGAGCGAAAGCCUACUAUCUUCGCAAUGUGCUCCAUGAUUGGCCAGAUCAGCAGGUGGUGCAGAUUCUGUCCAGAAUCCGUGAGGCGAUGAGUCCUAGUUCGCUUCUGCUGAUUGAGGAAAAGGCUAUGCCGGAGAUGAACGUUCCCUUGAUGGCUACUAUUGGUGAUAUGAGUAUGAUGGUGUCGUUUGCAGCGGCGGAGCGAACGAAGAAUGAGUAUUGUGACUUGUUGAAGGAAGCAGGAUUGGAACUAUCCGGUUUUUGGGAGCCAGAAGGGGCGAGCGCUUUGCAACCUGCAGUUUUCGAGGCAAGAACUAGCCAGUAG